AUGAGUACAUCUGUAUUCCUUCAGCAGCAAGAAGUUGAGGCUCUCGGACUAUCCAAUGUGGACUCCCAAACCACGCUUGAAACAUACCGAACUCUCACCAUCCACUGCCUCGUCGCUGGAGAUUACCUCCGACCCAGCAGGUAUACCAUCGAAACACUGACGUUACAUUUUGCUGUGGACCAGAACGUGAAUGUGGAUACCAACAUCAGAAACUGGGUUUUGCUUGGCGUCGUGAUUCGGAUCGCUUUGCGCAUGGGAUUGCACCGCGAUCCGUCCCACUGGCCAAACAUCCGACCACUGCAUGCAGAACUUCGACGGCGAAUCUGGAUUGCCCUGUACCAGAUGGACUACUUCACGAGUACGGAGAUUGGACUCCCACGGAUAAUAAAGGACUCUCAAUGCGAUACACGCCCGCCCGCGCACUUGUUUGACGACGAUAUUGGCUUCGAACACGACGAGAUUCCACCUGAGCGGCCACUGACAGAUAAUAGCCCGCUCUUACACAUAAUUCAGAGACAUCCUAUCAUCAAAGUAUCAGCAGAGAUCUAUGAUGCUGUUGAAGUAGAGCCGCCAACAUCUGUUACUAUUGCUGCACUAAGCGCUAAGCUCCAAAAGGCCAUCGAUGCCCUUCCUGAGUGGCUCAAAUACAAGUCUCUGGAAACAGCAAUUGCAGACAAUCCUGUCACCAUAUUAAACCGGAUGUUCCUGGACGUCCUCUUUCAAAAGGCCAUUUAUCUCCUCCAUCGACACAGCUUCAUCAAAGGAUCAACGGGAGAAGAAAGCACAAAAUCCAAUGAGAUAUGCAUCCAAUCUGCACUGGCAAUCCUGGAGCAUCAGAGAAGAAUGAGCGAAGAGACUCAACCCGGAGGUCUUAUGUUCAGCAUUCGUUGGAAGGUAGCUUCAUCGCUUAGCCACGAGUUUCUGCAAGCUACGAUGAUGCUGUGUUUUGCUCUGAGCAGGGUCAAUGACGGAGAUGCUGGGAUGUCAAAUACCGGCGCUCUGCAUAGGAGACUUGACAUCGUGGAAGCCUUGACUAGUGCCAAGGGCCUAUGGGAGAAAAAUGCGGACCGAUCGGUUGAGGCACAAAAAGCAGCCAAAGCCAUCACGAAAGUGCUGAAACAAGACAUGGACAAAUCGAGCAUGCCCGCUUGGAUGCCUUCAGGUGGUAAGGAAACCUGCACUAUCCUAGUUUUUGGUCUAAUGUUGGUCUCUCAAUAG